CCAGACGUUCGUGUUACGGUAAGAUUUUCUUCCCGAAGAAGCAGAGAGGUCCACAUGUUCCUCCUCUCCACAAUUCACUCUUCUUCUCUUUCGUCUUCUCUUCUGGUUAAAUUCUCUCUCGGAGCUGACCGUUUCUUCACUCCUAAAUCCAAGCCACACCAUAUUGAUUCUCUUCACUGGUAGGUUUCGUUCAUGACGUCUCUCUCAUUUUGUGUUUCCCCUUUCAAGCUAGGUUUUUAUUUGUUAAUGGCGGAUUCUUUGGGUUUUUGGCUUCAUCACCAACACUGAUUACUCCUUUUUCCUUUCUGGAGCUCUAAUUUUGCGGAUUUGGUUUUCGAUCGGAUUUUGUGGAUCUUUGUUUAUUUCAGAUCCAAUUCAAGGUGCUUGCUUGGAGCUAAGUUUUAACCUCACGGAAGGAAUCUUUAUUCUGCAAUCACUGCAAAGAGAAGGAGUCUAUAUUUUGGUGGAGAAUGUUGUUGGACGAUAAUAAACAUAUGAUUUCAGUGCAACGCGGCUUUAAGAGUCGUGGUCAGAUGAAAUAUCUGAGGUAUUGAAAUUGAUGAGCACCAUAGGAGAUGAUCUAAUUCUAUCUGGAGAAGCCAGUUUUUGUGUAUAUUUUGUAGAUAAUUAGGCUUUUUGCUAAUACAGUUAAAGAUUGAUCAAAUGGCUAUCGCUGGUCUGCAAAAUAUUUUGGUGAUCGAUUCAUCUUUCCGUCGGGACUCUGAGGUUCAGGCGACUAGACAAAGGGAAAAUGAGGGAAGGUCAAGCGUCCGGGCAUCCUCACUCCUACAGAUGUGGAGGGAACUUGAGGAUGAUCAUGUGAUGGGUCAUGCUCGUGAGAGAGAUGGUGAGAGGAGGAGUGUUUCUUCACCAUCUAAUACUAUGAGGGGAAAUGGUUGUGACAGUAAUAUUAGUGCACAUGAUAUUGUUAGAGAUAGUGUUAAUCUGGGUGAGAAUGAACUUGGUGGAUGGUCUCCCACCCAGAGUCAUGUUGGGUCACAUAACUCGAGUGAGGAUCUCGGCCCUUUUCAGAGCGAGCAUUUUUCUGAUCUGGGGAUGGGUGAAAGGGAAAGAGUUAGACAGAUUUUUCGUGAGUGGACGAGCUCUGGGACAGGUCAGCAUACUGAUUCUGCUUCCCAAGCAACCAACAGCUCAAGAGCAGAAUGGCUUGGUGAAACUGAACAAGAAAGGGUGAGGAUCAUAAGGGAGAUGGUUCAGAUGAAUAGCCAGCAGAGGCCUGCUCUUGGUGAUCUCAGGGAAGAACAACCUAUUGAAGGUGCUAAUCAGAUUGAAAGAGUACUUGAUGGAAUAGUUGUUAAUCCAAACAGCAUCCAGAAUGAACAUGCUAGAAGAGGCAUACGCAAGUUGUGUGGUAGGCAAGUGUGGGUGGAUAUGUUAAAAAUGGCUGAGAUGGAAAGGCAAAGAGAGCUGGAGGGAUUGAUGCAGCAUCAUGCAGUAUCAAACUUCGCUCAUCGCAACCGCAUUCAGGCAUUGCUAAGGGGGAGAUUCUUGCGAAAUGGUGACAACGAUGAUAAAGAGAAACCAACAUCAUCUGCAGCCACUGAGUUGGGCUUUCUAAGAGAGAGGCACACUGUAUCUGAGCUGAGGGAGGAAUUUAUAUCCAGACUGGACCGGUCUGCCUCUGGUCAAGCGAGCAGUAGUCACUCUGAGACCUCAUCAAAUGCUGAAACUGAUCAUAAUAGAGGUGAACAAAACGACCUGAAUUGUCUAGAUAGCAUCAAUGAUGCAGACGGUGGUUCAGAUCAAAAUGGCCGAGAGGCUGACAACCAAAGUUCACUGGAUGAGAUAACUAACUCUGGACGGUGUUGUAGCCGGAGCACAAGUUUGGAAGAAAGGACUGCACGUGUAGAAGGCUGGCAACGGUCAGAAAUUGAUGAUUUUUCUCAAAGAAGAAAUGAUACGGAAGUGGACCUGAAUGCUACUGGGUGUUCAUCCUCUUCAAUUCAUGGAGAUGAGAUCAGAUACGGUUGUCAAUUACGAGAAACUAUCGAGAUACCCUAUGAACAGUCUCUGCAAAUUUCUGAAGAAAUUGCCACCAUGGGACCGAUAAACCGGACAACAAAUUUCCAGGAGAAUCUGGGCGAAAGCAUUAACCUAACUGUCACUCUAGAGGAACAAACCGUGGAGCAGAUGGAAAACGAAGAAUCCGAUUGGCAACUUAUCAAUGGUGCAACCAGUGCAUGGAGAGAUGACGCUGAAGAGGAGGCAGAUACAGAUGUUCCUGAGAAUUUUCCAAAUCAGUUAUCCCAGUUAUCAUCUGUGGACGAGGACAGAGAAGCCAACAUACUCGGGGAACUCACAGAGAUGCAGCCUGAUGAUGAUGCUGCAUCUCUUCAAAGCACAAUACAAGACUGGUCAGAGGAACAUUCUGAUCAGGACACAGUUUCAAUGGGAAGGGCUACCACAUUCUUUCCUCCGGAUGAUGGUAAUGAGAACAACAUGGAACUCAGAGAACUCUCGAGCAGGAGACGUGUCUCAAAUCUUCUGCAGAGCGGGUUUAGGGAAAAUCUUAGCCAGUUGAUACAAUCUUACAUGGACAGACGAAGCCAAAAUCCUGUCGACUGGGAAGAAGCCGAGACUUAUUCUGACCAUACAAUAGUAGGUGAAGAUACCGAACAGCAGGAUGAUGCUCAGAGUGGUGGUCAAGAACUUGAUGCUGUUGAAUCUCCUCCUUUGACUCUACCCUCCCCAGUCAUCCCUAUUCAGCCACGGUGGGACCAUGAUCGAUCCCAUUCAAACUGGCCGGCACAUGAUUUGCAUCAGGGCAUUGGAAUGGAUUGGGAUUCGAUCAACGAUUUGAGGGUUGACAUGGGUAGAAUACAGCAAAGGAUGGAUAACCUGCAGAGGAUGCUAGAGGCUUGCAUGGAAAUGCAACUCGAGUUACAACGGUCCAUAAGACAAGAGGUCUCUGCUGCGAUGCACCGCUCUACUGACCAACCAGGUCCAUCCAAGGACACUGCGAGUUACGAGUCAAAAUGGGAAUAUGUAAGGAAAGGGAUCUGCUGCGUAUGCUGCGAGAGCAAUAUUGACUCUUUAUUGUAUAGAUGUGGACAUAUGAACACCUGCGAGAAGUGUGCAAAGAAGCUAGUGGAAGCGGGAGGAAAAUGUCCCAUGUGUCAAGCCCCUGUGAUUGAGGUAGUUCGUGCUUACUCUAUUCUUUGAAACUCUUGUGCUCUCCUACGGCUCCAAGCUCUGCUUAUUUGAUUCUGGGUUUUACAGAUAUCAAAUGUCUUUGAUUGUGAUGUUUUUAGCAUAGAUAUUUACUCUGAUUCACUCGGCUCUUAAUUUUAUCCGUGGUGUAAGAAAGACAAACACACACUUCUUAACUAUUUUUAUACACAUGAAACAUCAAAAGAUUCAAUAGAAAUUGGUGGCAGUGAACUAUCUGUGACUACCUGUACUUUUAUGCAUAUCCAAAAAAAAA